AUGAUCCCGUUUACAGAACAAUUACGUUUGUCCGGUUCACCAAAGGCUCAAUUUGUCCCGUUCGUUCCAAGCGAUCCUCUAAGUGCUUCUGAGCAUCCACAACACUUCCACUUCUCCCGAAAGUCAUCCGAAGAGCACAACUUUCUUUUUCAUCCCAGUGAAACUAACGGCGUCUCUACAGCCCCAGUUGUUUCACAGCCUAAGUCGUUGCUAGGCUCUCCUGAACGGAUCGUUGAAGAUGCAAAGAAAGGUUGUUUACAAACUAACAACACCUCAUCUGCAGACCCAUGCUUUGAACAACUGACUGUGAAGGCCAGUUCAAGCCAGAACUCCCCGAAUGAUAACCCAAAUGUGAAGCGCUUUUCUGUCCCGUCCACAUCAAACAGUUCACCAGCGAGCGAGGGGGUACCAGGAGGUUCAUCAACUUCUUAUUUGUCUCCUGCAUCGUCCUCCUCAGUCACCAAAGAUUCACGUACUGAAGAUGAAGAGGAACGUCUCUUAGGUUCCACAGGGAGAACGCAUUCGUCCACACAUUCCAGAAUGCAUUCACAACAACGCGUCGGUUCUACACACCACACAGAUCGUAACAAACCUGGCCCUGGAAUCGCUUGCAAAACAGAAUAUCUUGAUAAAUUUGAUGUUGACACCAGUGGUGUGAAAGCCACCACCCAUCUCGUAGGUAAUUCGAAACAAACUUCACCCACCAUCGAGAAUUCGCUUAUCCGACCCUUACACGCAGUGACCAUGACCAACGGGAGUCAAAAUGAAGUUGAGUCCUAUGAUAACUGUCCACCGAAUGAACCUCCGAAAUCGCUUACAAUUCCAAGCACAACAAACUCCAUUGGGUCGGGUGAGAAAGCAGUGUCACCCUCGUGGUCCUCUAGACAAGUCACACUUUCACCUCUACGUGUCAGCCCUCGUAAUAUGAUUAAUGCAUUGUCUUCACCUGGUUGGAGUGACCUUAGCGGUUCACGCAUGGUUGCCGGGACAACCAUUCAAGAGGAAGAGGUAGAAAGCGAUGACCAUGUGCCCACAGUUCAGUCGGUGGAAAGCGGGGAUGUGUCAAAUCAAGGAUCUUCUGGCUUGGUUGAGUAUCCAAAGAACACAUCAGCCUCAACAGUCAUUCCGCCAAAUUUGACCGCCGGACUUGCCCCCAGUUUAGCCGCUGCAGUAGCCCAAGUAUCCGGAGAAACUGGUACUUCCGCUGCAGAAUUGGUAGCUGGUUUGGCUGAGGUGCGUCGACGUCCAGCGGAUGCAAGAAAUCGUCUCAGGCGUUUAGGCCAAGACCCUGUCAAUCGAUUUCUACCGGGCUCAGGAGAUUCCAACUCGGAUGGCGGGCAUGUGACCGGGCGUAUGUCUAAUCGCCUUUCGCUGCCUGCAAAUAUCAAUUUACCACCUCAUUUGUGGCGUCGUGCCACACAAUUCCUGGAGGAACCGAUGUCCAGACGUGAGCGACGUUGUUCCUUGUCCGAAAUUGGAUUCGGUAAACUGGAAUCGUAUGCCAAGUUGGACAUGUUGGGUCAGGGUACGUAUGCGACUGUUUACAAAGGUCGUAGCUUGUUGACUGAGACAUUAGUGGCUUUGAAAGAAAUCCGACUUGAACACGAGGAAGGUGCACCGUGUACCGCGAUUCGUGAGGUCAGUCUGUUGCGCAAUUUGCAACAUGCGAAUAUUGUCACAUUGCACGACAUUAUUCACACGGAGAAGUCGCUCACACUGGUCUUCGAAUAUGUGGAUCGGGAUUUAAAGCAGUAUCUACACGAUUGUCACGGAAUCAUGCAUCCGGACAAUGUACAACUAUUCCUGUAUCAACUGCUACGUGGUCUUGAUUUUUGUCAUCGUCGCCGCAUUUUGCACCGGGACUUGAAGCCGCAAAAUUUGCUCAUCACUGAUCGCGGUGACCUGAAAUUAGCAGAUUUCGGUCUAGCCCGGGCGAAAUCGAUUCCAAUCAAGACCUAUUCAAAUGAGGUGGUCACACUUUGGUAUCGUCCUCCGGAUAUUCUCCUCGGUUCCACUGAAUAUUCCACUCACAUUGAUAUGUGGGGUGUCGGAUGCAUUUUCUACGAGAUGGCCACUGGGUGGCCGCUUUUCCCGGGUUCAACUGUGGAAGAAGAGUUGACGCUGAUUUUCAAACGAUUAGGUGAGCGUUUGUGGUCUUCUGAUAUGAGCUACCUUAACUUAGCGAAUCGUCUCUUGGUUUUCCCUGGAACCCGUCGUAUCUCCGCGGCGGAUGCGUUGAAGCACGUCUAUUUUGUAGAAUCCUCUCGGCUACCCACGAAAGCGCUAUCCGAACUGCCUGAUUCGUCCAGCGUGUUUGAGGUACCCGGGGUUCGUCUAGCCUGUGAUCCGGGUAGGAAUGCCGGUCCACUUAUUCCCAGUCGUCUUAGCGGUGGUAAUCCUCAUGGAGUUCCGGCCGUGAAUGGAUAUAAUGGUCAUGGAAAAGCGCGUUACACCCAAACUAAACCCAAAGCCGUGCCAACCAAUACCUAUCAGCCCAUUGUGAUCAACACGCAACGCAGCAUUUAUGAUAACGACCUAGGAUUGACCGAACAGUCCAAUGGGACAUCUGGUCAAACGUACAAUAAUGGCAAUAAUGCCAAUAACAGUAACCUCAAUGGACAGCAUCAUUUCUAUCCCAAAUACCAAUUACCCGCACAAAACCCCUCGAUGGUUUUCCCCCCAGCUCACGCACCAGCACCCCCACCCCCACCACCACAUCAAACCGGAACGGCCACAUCGUUUCACGUACAACCUACCUCAUCUAACGUGUAUCAGGUAAAUCACAAUGGUCGUCGUCCGUUGUCUGCGGCAUUCGAACCAACUUAUCUCGUACCACAUUCGCUAUUGACCCGUUUAGUCCCACCCAAUCCAUUGGAUUACGUGAAUAUGAAGCCGCGACCUCAUCCACAAGAAAUUAAUCACCCGACGAACUACUACUCGACCCUGGCCGCUUCGCUGUCGUUGAGUAAGACAUCAAAUGGUUAG